CCGAAUGGCUUCCAUGAACUUCAUUCGCGACAGAAUAUCGAAGAGCAAGAAACGACGAAGCAAGCGAUAACCUCAGAGAGUAGGAGACGGAGGCUCGAACGUCUUCCUCAUCAUGUUCCGGCGACCAGUGACUGUGAUACAAAUGACAGCGAUAUAGCCAUAAUCUGCGACGUGUGCGGAAUAAUGGAAUCUGUAGUUUGUGAAUUUGGUGUCCGAAAAGCAAUGAUUGAUUGGAUGCUAUGUGACGACUGUGGGGCAUGGGUCCACAUGAGCUGUGCGAAAACAAGGGAAUGCUUCAGUUGCAAGGAAGGAUAUUUAGAAUUGGAUCAUCCGGAAGUGAUCGCUAAGAAGCAUUCCGAGAAU